UAUUUUACUUAAGUAUAGUUGAUCUGCAAUGUCUUUUUCAUAUUCUUUUCCAUUAUGGUUUAUCACAGGAUACUGAAUAUAGUUCCCUCUGCUAUACAGUAGGACCUUGUUUAUCCACUCUCUCUGUAAUAGUUAGCAUCUUCUAACCCUAAACAACCAGACCAUCCCACUCCCUUCCCCCUCCCUCUUGGCAACCACAAGUCUGUUCUCUAUGUCUGUGAGUCUGUUUCUGUAUCAUAGAUAAAUUCAUUUGUGUCAUAUUUUAGAUUCCACAUAUAAGCAAUAUAUGGUAUUUGUCUUUCUCUUUCUGACUUACUUCAUUUAGUAUGAUAAUCUCUCCAUCCAUCCAUGAUGCUGCAAAUCUGCCUCUUUAUUUUAAUGCUGCCCACAGUAGACCAUAGUGUGGAUAUACUCUAGUGACUUUAACUUGUCCCAACUGAUGUGCAACUGCCAAGAAGGCUUUGUUGGUGUUUGGUGUGUAUUUUUCAAGGUAGAUUCUGAAAAGUAAAAUUACUGCAAUUUCAGAAGCUUUUACACAUGUAAACUAUUAAUAUAUACUCUUAAAUUGCCAUCCCAAAUGCCAUUUUACACUCCUGUGAGCGGUACACAAGAGUAUUUUUUGCUCUGCAUCUUCAUCCACUCCAGACAUUUUCAGUCUUUAAGAAUUUUGCUGAUCUUAAGGGUGUGUACAUUUCCUUGACAGUGAGAUUGAACUUUUUUCAUAUUUCUAUUAGUAUUUCAUUCUUAACACAAUGCCCAUAUUUCUUCCAAAAAUAAAAUGUUAUUUAAAGACAGGAUAUAUUCUGUGUUCUUGUUUUCCUUUGAGUAACUGGUUAGGUUGUUGGAGCAGGUCAGUUUUCAGUUUGCAUCUCUAUGACAGGAAUCAUUUACAGUACUAUUUUGUACAGUUUUACUCAACAAAAACUGCUCAAAAACAAUGAAAGGCUAGGACUACUAAAGAAUGAGAUUACUUAGUAGGGUAUGUCAGAAAACACCUAGCAUUCCAUAGAGCUCCCAGCAACCUUUCACUUUUUUUUUCCCUGACAGAUAACACGUUUAAAGCUCUUAACCGUAUUGUCUGGCUUAUAGUGAGAAUUCAGUAAAUUUAAUUCUCUUCCAUUAAAAGAACGAAAAAGAAGGCAAUUGAAAAUUUAUGGCAUUUCUGUAGAACUGUAGUUCUCUGGAUAGGGCUGUAUCUAGAUUCACUUGUUUUCCUUGGACCUUGCUCAGUACUUGGGAACAUUUUUAAUGGGGGUUCAGUAAUUGUUUGAUUGAAUGGAACUGUGUUCAAGUAUGUUCUAAUUCAUUCUCCUAUCGGACAAACACGUAUAUCAGGAGAAAAUAAGCUUAUUUCUUUACAUUGUUAUUUAUCACUUUUUCAGACAGGGAUUAGAACAUAUACUCUAAGCACAUAAAUUGGUGGCCUUGCAAAUGACUACAACUAGCUGUUUCCUUUCAUAGUCCAAAUUGCGUGAAUAUAGCUAAAUAAAAAUCCUCCUCUACAACAAUAGCAAAUGCGAUUUUGUUGUAUUCAGUCUUAAGGCAUUAUUAUGCUGUUCUCACUGUGAAUGGUGUUUUUUUAUACAUGGUAAAGCAGGCUAGCAUAUUUAUGUACGUUACAGCUGGAAUAAUCCAUUGCUUUAAAACCCUAAUUUUUAUCUGUUUUUUAGAUUUAGUGUUCAACAAAAAUUUCUUAAGUAACUGAAGAAAACAACGCGGUGGCUACUGUAGACUGUAAAAUGAAGGAGAAGCUUAGCUUUACUGUGGAGUCUGAGCUGGGUGUAACCUAACUAGCUAGAGGAUAUGUAAUUCCUGAUUGACAGCAGGACCAGCAUUAUGCAGAUUUUGUAAGAGAGAACAGCAGCUCAGAAACAGUGAUUAGGGGCUCUGUUAGGAAUCACUAACAUUCACCACUCACAUCUUUAGUUUUUCAUUUUUCUGUCUACUGGAUUUAUAAACAAAUAGCACAAAACAGUUCCUCUUUUGUUUUUAUUAAAGUGAUACUGCACUGCAGUUUCAGUCAAUCAGCUAGGCAAACGUGUUGAAAUUCGAUAUUCUCACUAAAUUAGCUAAUUUUUAGCUGUGCUCCAUGCUUAUCUCUAGACCUUUGUGUAUUGAAUCCUAUCUCGAGCUGUUCUCUUUAUACACAAGUGUGUUUUGCUUGUGCCUUCCUGUCUUCUUCAGUGAGAAGCUUUAUGUAGGUCAGGCUUGGCUUAAGCAGAUUUCCUGAACCUGCGUCAGCUUAAGCUGGAGGAAUUUUAAUAAACCCUCCCCUGUAGGCGUGGGCCUAAAUGAGGCUAGCCUAGUUAAGCCUGAUCUUUUUCUGUUUGUGAAAAGAGCUGAGCAUAGCUGAAGGCUGCAUGGUGGUUUCAGAAACUGCCUACUUAAUUUGAAAAGAACAAUGGUAGGAAAAGCUAGAUCUUCCAAUUUUACCUUACCUGAAAAGCUUGAUUUGCUAAAGCUUGUGAAGCCAUAUGUUAAAAUUCUGGAAGAACACACUAACAAACAUUCAGUAAUAGUGGAAAAGAAUAGAUGUUGGGAUAUCAUAGCAGUUAACUAUAAUGCAAUUGGAGUAGACCGCCCUCCUCGAACAGCGCAGGGCCUACGCACUCUUUACAAAAGGCUCAAAGAAUAUGCCAAACAGGAGCUAUUGCAGCAAAAAGAGACCCAAUCAGAUUUUAAAAGCAAUAUUUCUGAGCCAACCAAGAAAGUUAUGGAGAUGAUUCCCCAGAUUUCCAGUUUUUGCCUGGUAAGAGACAGGAACCACAUACAAAGUGCAAACUUGGAUGAGGAAGCACAGGCUGGUACCAGUUCACUACAGGUAAUGUUGGACCAACAUCCAGUUGCUAUUACAGUGGAGGUGAAGCAAGAAGAAGACAUUAAGCCCCCUCCUCCACUGGUUUUAAAUUCUCAACAGAGUGAUACUUUAGAGCAAAGAGAAGAACAUGAAUUAGUACAUGUUAUGGAAAGAUCUUUGUCACCAUCACUUUCCUCUGUUGAUAUGAGAAUGACAUCGUCUCCAUCUUCUUUCCCAAGGAGAGAUGAUUUUUUUCGGCAUGAGAGUGCAGAACAUUUUAGGUCACAAUUAGGGUAUGAUCCUCAGAUUCUGCAAAUGCUGAAGGAGGAGCAUCAGAUAAUUUUAGAAAAUCAAAAAAAUUUUGGAUUAUAUGUUCAGGAGAAGAGGGAUGGAUUGAAAAGAAGGCAGCAGCUAGAGGAAGAGCUGCUAAGAGCAAAAAUUGAAGUGGAGAAGCUGAAAGCAAUUCGCUUACGGCAUGAUCUACCUGAAUUUAAUAGUCUUUAAGAUUUUUUUUUCAAUAUUGUAAUUUGAUGAUUUUUAUUUUGGCCAAAUUACUUUUGUUUGAGAAUAUCCUGAAGCAGAGUACCUACUCUUAAAAAAUAUUGUGAAUCUCUGUUAUAAAAAAGCUUUUUUGACAUGAUUUUCUAAUUAAUUUUCUUUUGUGAUAUAUUAAAACGCUGGAUUGACAUGGUUAUAAGUUUUUGUCUUCCAAUUUUUUCUAAGAUACUUAAUUGUUGGCCUUACAAAAGAUGUUUUACUGUGAUCAUUAUAUAAUGUGCACAAAUACAUAUGUGAACACGUAAAUAUUCCUUCAAAGUUGUGAAUCCUUAACAUUUUGAAUUGGCACUUUCAAAGCUGUAGUUCAGGGCUUUUUAAGUCAGUCUAAUUUAAGAGCAAUACUAGCCUAAUAGAAGCUUGUCGAUAUGACAUUGAUUUUUAUGCUUUCAUUCUUGGAAAGGAGUAAGUCCUAGGAUUUUAGGGAUGGACAGUAUUUGGAGAAAACUUUUUCCCAUCUCUGCUUAAAAGUAAUGAAACUGAGGUCCAGGGAGAACCCAGUGAGUUACUUGGUGUAACAAAGCUCUUUAUGGCAGAACAAGGACAAGCACUCAGUUUUUGUUUUUCUGUAACGUCCUCCCCCUGUUAGCCCAUAGAAGUUAAAAUCCACAAAAAUACCUACAUGUUAAAAAAUUAGAAACAUCUAUUUCACAAAAAAAGUUUAGAGUUAUGAAAUCAGGGGAAUUGUGUCAAUUAUCCCCAUUCUUUUUUUUUUUUUUUUUUUUUGGUCAGGCAAAAUAAACUAUUGUAUUG